CGGAGGAGGUGAAGGAUGCAGAUGGGAAUGGUGUGUGGCGGUGGCCGCUGCGGGGCUCGGUGAUGUUCGUGCGGCAUCAGUGAGAAUUGUCCUUUGUUGGACGUUGCUCCGAGCUUCACAUAGACUCGCACUUUUUCUCUUGAUCUUUGGCCAAAAAGUAGAAGGAGCAGAAAGCGACAUGGCUGGCCAUGUAUCUCCUACGGUGAUAUUUAGAGAUGUUGCGGUUUAUUUUUCGGAAAAGGAAUGGGAGCUGCUGGAAGGAUGGCAGAAGGAUCUGUACACUGGCGUCAUCAAAGAAAUUCACGGCAUCCUAAUUUCAUUGGGCUUUGUGAUUCUUAAUCCUAAUAACUUCCUUCGGAUACAGCAAGAAGAGGAGCCGUGUCGGAAAAGCUACCACGUCGGUGGCAGGAAUGGAAAUGUGAAUGUCACAGGUUCAGACUGCGCUUUGGUAAAUCCAGACAUUCUGUUAACCGUCCAGCUCGGUGAGAAGCAGCGUGCCACGGAGACCUAUGACCAGAAUGGCAGAGAGACUGUGUCAUUCCCCAGCACAAGCAAGUUUAUAGACAGAUUUGGAGAGUACACAGCUGUUAAACAGGAGUCUCCGAAUGAAGAUCUUUCUGUUAUUUCCGAUGUUGAAAUUUUGGAAGACACAGCAAAAUGUUAUACUCCUAAUAGCCCAGUGGUUCGGAGGGUCAGUGUUCAGCAGCCCCCAGCCAAUAGCCACAACUUCCAUUCAGAUGGAAAACAUGGUAUCAAAUAUGCAGCUGGACACAGAGCAUCUACCUCUGGUAUAAAUAAAACCAAUAUGGUCACUGUUCCACAGAAGCUCGUCGUCAAGACACCUUACAUCGCUUGCGACAAAAACACACCUGUAAAAGAAUUCACUAGUAUUGAACCGGUUACAUUAAGAGUUAAAGCGAAGGAGCUACCAGUGAAUAGUGAAAAUGUGUGCUUGGACAGAAGAAAUGUAAUUAAUUACACACUGGAUGAUGAUGUAAUUAUCGAGAGACCACGGGGUCCUACCCUACGAAAUAUUCCUUCAAAAAAAGUCCAGUAUAACAUAAAAAAUAGUGGAUACUGCCAAAGAAUGGUGAGGUGGCCUGUUGGUCAAAAAGAGGCCGUCGCCCUCAAACGUUUUGUUCCGGCCUCGCCAAAGGAACCCGAGAGGACUUUUCACUGCACUGAAUGUGGGAAGAGGUUUUUAAAACUAUCCGACCUUCGACUUCACCAAGGAAUCCACAAAAUGAAAAUGAAACAGUUUAACGGGUCUGUGGCCCAACUAAGACCCCAGCCAAAGGUCGAGACCGGUCCAAAGGCCCCCGUCGAGGACAGCUUUCUUCAAAGAGCAUCGAUCAAAAACGUGCCUGGAGCACAGCCUUUGUCUUGCGUGUUUGGAAAAGACAUCAGCCCCAACUCCAGCAUCGUGCAAAGUCCAAAAUCUUUCGCUAAGGAGAGACGGUUCGUGUGUAGGUUCUGUGGCAAAAGAUUUCAGAAUAACAGCAACCUUAUCGGACACGAGAGAAUUCACACGGGGGAGAAACCGUUCGAAUGUCCCGAAUGCGGAAAAAGUUUUAGCCAGAAGGCCAACCUCACCACCCAUCAGAGACUUCAUACCGGGGAGAGGCCCUUUGUAUGCAUCACGUGCGGCAAAGGCUUCGCCCAAAAGAUAAACCUUUUAACCCACGAGCAGACGCACGCAAAGAAGAGAAAGAAGAUGGAUGGCAAGCUUGUUAUGUUGAACUAAUUCCAUAUUUAACUUCAGGUUGUGGCUGAAAAUGCAUCAGCUGUGAUUUACCAUAAAGUGCCUGAGAAUCACUUGUUCCUCUAUACUGGGGGCUAAGCUAUGC